AUGUGGCUGCUUUUAACAGUGGCAAGCUUGAUAUCUGUACUGGGAUCCACACAUGGCUUCUUGCAAAAACUCGCCCCUGAAAGCCCAGAAGCCACUAUGAAUGUUAGUCAGAUGAUAACAUACUGGGGAUAUCCAUGUGAAGAGUAUGAAGUUGUUACUGAAGAUGGUUAUAUCCUUGGGAUCUACAGAAUUCCUUAUGGGAAGAAAAAUUCAGAGAAUAGAGGAAGAAGACCUGUUGCAUUUCUGCAACAUGGUUUGCUUGCAUCAGCCACAAACUGGAUCGCAAAUCUGCCCAACAACAGCUUAGCCUUCAUCCUGGCAGAUGCUGGCUAUGAUGUGUGGCUGGGAAACAGCAGAGGAAACACGUGGGCCAGGAGAAAUUUGUAUUAUUCCCCAGACUCAGUUGAAUUCUGGGCUUUCAGCUUUGAUGAAAUGGCUAAAUAUGAUCUUCCAGCAACAAUAGAUUUCAUUGUGCAGCUAACUGGGCAGGAGAAGAUACACUAUGUUGGUCAUUCCCAGGGCACCACUAUUGGUUUCAUUGCCUUCUCUACCAAUCCCAUGCUGGCCAGCAAAAUCAAAACAUUUUAUGCAUUAGCUCCAGUUGCCACUGUGAAGUAUGCAAAAAGCCUUUUAAAAAAACUUGCACUUAUUCCUCAAUUCCUCUUCAAGGUUAUAUUUGGUGACAAACUCUUCUUCCCACACAACUUCUUUGAGCAAUUUCUUGGCACUGAGGUGUGCUCUCGUGAGACACUGGACCUCCUCUGCAGCAAUGCCUUAUUUAUUAUGUGUGGGUUUGACAUUAAGAACUUGAACAUGAGCCGUUUUGAUGUGUAUUUAGCACACAAUCCAGCCGGAACUUCUGUUCAAGAUGCCCUUCACUGGGCCCAGGCUGCUAAAUCUGGGAAAUUUCAAGCUUUUAACUGGGGAAGCCCAUUUCAGAACAUGUUACACUAUAAUCAGCGCACUCCUCCUUACUAUAAUGUGACAGCUAUGACUGUGCCGACUGCAGUGUGGAAUGGUGGCAAUGACUUGUUGGCCGAUCCUCAAGAUGUUCACAUGUUGCUUCCCAAAAUCUCCAACCUCAUUUACCAUAAGGAGAUACUGCCUUAUAAUCACUUGGACUUUAUCUGGGCAAUGAAUGCCCCUCAGGAAGUCUACAAUGAAAUCGUUUCUAUGAUGAAUGAAGGUGAAAAGCAGUUCUAG